AAAGCCCCUGCGCAUUGAUCCGCGCCGUAUUUUUGGGUAAAUACGAUCACGUGGGGGCUGGGGAACCAAUGAGCUGCCGGGAAAUGGCUGGAAAAAUAAUUACCUGCCUUGAUUGUUCUGUGAGCAGAUAAAAAGUACAUAUACAGUUCAUACAAUAAUCUUAUGUAUGUAAAACCCUGUUACGAUGUCGGCGACGGGGCCCAUCAGUAACUAUUACGUGGACUCGCUCAUCUCUCACGACAAUGAAGACCUCCUAGCGUCCAGGUUUCCGGCCACCGGGGCUCACCCUGCCGCCGCCAGACCCAGCGGCUUGGUGCCGGACUGUAGCGAUUUUCCGUCCUGUAGCUUCGCGCCCAAGCCGGCCGUGUUCAGCACGUCGUGGGCGCCCGUGCCCUCGCAGUCGUCCGUGGUCUAUCACCCUUACGGCCCCCAGCCCCACCUCGGCGCCGACACGCGCUACAUGCGGACUUGGCUCGAGCCGCUGUCCGGCGCCGUCUCCUUCCCUAGCUUCCCGGCCGGGGGCCGUCAUUACGCCCUCAAGCCCGACGCCUAUCCCGGGCGCCGCGCCGACUGCGGCCCGGGCGACGGCCGCAGCUACCCGGACUACAUGUACGGCUCGCCCGGGGAGCUGCGCGACCGCGCCCCGCAAACGCUGCCCUCGCCCGAGGCGGACGCGCUGGCCGGCAGCAAGCACAAAGAGGAGAAGGCCGACCUGGACCCUAGCAACCCUGUGGCUAACUGGAUCCACGCACGAUCCACAAGGAAGAAACGCUGCCCCUACACCAAGUACCAGACGCUGGAACUUGAGAAGGAGUUUCUCUUCAAUAUGUACUUAACCAGGGACCGUCGGUACGAGGUGGCCCGGGUUCUCAAUCUCACUGAGCGGCAGGUCAAAAUCUGGUUUCAGAACCGGAGGAUGAAGAUGAAAAAGAUGAAUAAAGAGAAAACCGACAAGGAGCAAUCCUAAGCCCUGCCCCAGCCUGCUGCCUCCGCACAGCCAAGGGAAACACAGAAACCCCACAAAAAUGCCCCAACCCAGGCGGGAAAAAGCACGAAAAGAAAAGGAAAGAGCAAGAUAGAGAAAAGCCCACCAUCUUUAAAAAAGAAAAAA